AAAGUGCAUGGCGAUACUCUUCUCUGAAAUCUCACCUCUCAAUGUUAAACCGCCCACUUCACAAAACUUCAUCUUUCGCAGCUCAAUUUCUCUCCCUAUUACCAUUCUGCCGGAAAAGCCAAGACUUGAAGGCCUUGAAUUCAAUCCUAAUAUUACGUGGAUUAAUCGGAAACCAAUCUUUAAUUGAUCACUUCAUCAAUCACUGCUGCCAUCUGGGUUCCCCUGAUUUAGCUCUUCAGCCAUUCAGAAUCAUCCAAAAACCGAGCCUUUACCUGCAGAAUUUACUCAUCCGGAGCUUAUGCGACAAUGGCUUGUUCGAAGAUGUGAUUUUAGUGUACAAGAAAUGUAGAAAUUCUGGAUCUUCCUCGGAUAAAUACACUUUCCCUUUUGUGAUCAAAUCAUGCGCUGCUCUGCGCGAUGUUUGGUUCGGUAGUUUGAUGCAUUCCGUUACUUUGAAAAAUGGAUUUGGGGACAAUCUGUUUGUGCAAACCGCGCUUCUUGAUUUCUACUCCAAAAUUGGGGAAAUUCGGAAUGCUCGUAAGGUGGUUGAUGAAAUUCCUCAACCAGACUUGAUCGUUUGGAAUGCGAUGAUUUCUGGGUAUUCUGUUAAUGGCUUUGAUUAUGAGGUGAUUAGGGUUUUCAGGGACAUGAUUAUCGCCGGUGUGAAGCCGAAUGCUAGCACGCUCGCGACUGUUUUUCCUGUCUGCUCACGCAUCGAAGCUGAUCGUGUUGGUGUCAGUCUUCAUGGAUUCGCUUACAAACUUGGCUGCAUGGAGGAGGAAUCUUUACUACCUGCAUUAAUCUCAAUGUAUGCUAAUUGUGGGGAUUUGUUGGCUUCUAGAGACAUUUUUUAUGCUUCAAGAAGAAAAGAUGUUGCAAUUUGGAAUGCUAUGAUAUCUGCUUACAUGCGAAAUCAUGUUCAAGAAAAUGCUGUUGCUGUGUUUCAGAGAAUGCUCGUUGAUGAGAUGAAGCCCGAUAAGGUGACAUUUGUGUCUUUGCUCCCCCUAUGUGAGAGUCUCGAGUGUGUGGGGGCUUUCCAUAGUUGUGUGGUUAAGUUCGGAUUCAAGAAAGAAUGCUCUAUCGUCUCAGCUUUGGUGUCUGUAUAUGCCAAAUUAGGGGAUAUGGAUUCAGCCGAGUUCCUUUUUCAUGGCACAAGAGUAAGGAGCCUAAUAUUGUGGAAUUCAAUGGUUUCAGCCUAUGCUGGCCAUGGCUUUUAUGAGCAGAGUUUAGAGGCAUUUCGUCUCAUGCCGGAAGAUGGCUUUGAUCCGGAUGGAAUCUCGGUUAUUAGCCUCCUCAAGUCGUGCUCUCAGCUCAAGGUGGCCUUGGCUGGAAAAUCUGCACAUGCUUUUGUUGUUAGGAGGGGUUUUGAUGGGAACCUCAAUGUGGUCAACGCGUUGUUGGCAUUUUAUGUUGAUAGGUCUGAGAUGAUAUGCUCUUUCAGGAUAUUCGAUAGUAUGGCUCUCAAAAAUGUUGUCACUUGGAACACGAUGAUUUCUGGAUGUGUAGACGAGGGAGAUUUAGAGAAAGCAAUGCUUUUAUUCCAUCACAUGAGGGAAGAACGAUGCAACUUUGACAUGGUUACCUUGAUAAGCAUCCUUCCCUCUUUCCAUGUGUAUCAAAGCUCACUUUUUGGCUCUAUUAUUCAUGGCUAUGCUGUCCGAACUGCUCUGGCAGGCGAUGUUUCCUUAGGUAAUGCUCUUGUGAGCAUGUAUAUCAAUUGUGGAGAGAUUGAUGCUGCAUGGCUGUUCUUCAAUGAUAUGCCACAGAAAAGUAUGGUCUCUUGGAAUGCUAUGCUAACUGGCUAUCGUGUUCAUGGCUUGCAAAAGGAGGCCCUUGAAUUGUUUAGGGAUAUGAUAAAGGAGGAUAUUCAAAUGCCGAGUUAUGUAACUUUGUUGAACGUGUUGCCUGCGUGUGAGAACGUUCAUCAAGGUAAAUCAGUCCAUGGUUAUAUCGUUAGGAGACGGAUUUCACUCGAAACUCCUCUUGUUACAUCUCUUAUGAUCAUGUAUGCUAGAUUCAAGAUCUCAAAGUCUUGCUUGAUUCUGUUUCAUAUUGGAGAUAGGAUGAGUAUUUCUUUAUGGAAUACCAUUAUAUCUGCAAAUAUACUAUUGGAGAAGGUUAAUACUGUGUUUUUCUUCUUUUGUGAGCUGCUCCGUAGCAAGAUAGAGCCAGAUGAGAUCACAAUCCAGAACCUCAUCUCAGCUUGUCUCCACCUCAAGAACAUGAACAUCUCAAACUCACUCUUGGCUUAUCUUGUGAAAGAAGGGUUUGACAGAGAUGUGGCACUUGUCAACUCCUUGAUUGAUAUGUAUGCAAAAACAGGGAGCAUUGCUUCAGCUAGGAGGCUCUUCGACUCGCUACCACACAAGGACAGCGUCUCCUGGAGCGUGAUGAUAAAUGGGUACGGACUGCACGGCCAUUGCGAGGAUGCUCUGAGUCUCUACUCGGAGAUGAGGCUUCUAGGUUUGAAACCUGAUAGAAUUACAUAUAUAAGCGUUUUAUCAGCUUGUAGUCAUGCUGGUAGCGUUGAGCAAGGUAGGAUGGUGUUGGGCAGUAUGAUACACGAUGGGGUUAUGCCAGGGACGGAGCAUUACUCGUGCAUGGUAGAUCUUCUAGGUAGGGCCGGGCGCUUGGAGGAGGCGUAUGAGAUUGUGAAGACUAUGGGGCAUCAGGAUUGUUGUGGAAGCCUGCUAGCAUCUUUACUAGGUGCUUGUCUAAGUCAUGAAAAUUAUGAGCUUGGGGAGGAAGUAGGAAGGUUUCUUCUUGAUAUGAGCCCCAAAGAUUGCGGACCGUACGUGAUCCUCCACAAUAUCUAUGCAGCAGCGGGGAAGUGGGCGGAUGCCAACGAUGUGAGGCUGCUGCUGGAACAGAACCAGUUCAGUAAAGCUCCUGGCAUUAGUGUGGUAUGUUAGAAUUUGAUGUUGCAGUGUGAAUGAACUUAGGUAUAUGGUGAUAUUGAAGAAGCUUAUAAAAGCUAGACCAUAACUUAAGUAACAUUGGCAAUAAGAAGAGCGAGAAGGUUUGAGUUCCUUGUUGGGAAUAGUCUAUGCAUUUGGUGUAUUCAUUCCUGAGUGAGAGAAAGAUCAUUGAUGUUCAUAUCUUGUAAAUUGGAAAUUUUAUACAGGUUUAUAGUUUGAAUAGAGUUACAGUCUAUGGUUCAA